AGAGAGAGAGAGCGAGAUGGGUCGUGGCCGAGCACCUUGCUGUGCGAAGGUUGGACUGAACAAAGGCUCAUGGACGCCGGAAGAGGACCUGAGGUUGAUAGCUUAUAUUCAGAAGCAUGGGCACGGAAAUUGGCGCGCUCUGCCCAAACUCGCCGGUUUGCUUAGGUGUGGGAAGAGCUGUCGGUUGAGGUGGAUUAAUUACCUUCGCCCAGAUAUCAAGCGCGGCAACUUCACCGAGGAGGAAGAAGACAACAUAAUAAAGCUGCAUGGGCUGUUGGGAAACAAGUGGUCCAAAAUCGCGUCACACCUACCGGGAAGAACUGAUAAUGAGAUAAAGAAUGUGUGGAACACGCACUUGAAGAAGCGAUUGGCAUUCAAAGAGCAGAACAAUCCUGAGGAGGCACUCAGCUCAUCUUCCUCCAGCACACUCCCCUCCUGCUCUGAUCAAGGUGACAACAAGAGCAACGGGGAACAGAACAAUCCAUGCUUGCACUCCCACAACUCCUCGCUCGAAGUGAUCGAGAUCCCCAUCGAGCCCGACGUGGACUUGUGGAGCAUGUUGGAUGAAGAACCGCGCGGUAGCACCAUGAUCAUAUCAAGCGCUUCUUCGACAGAACUCUCCGCCAUGAAUCAUGGCGUCGACCCGGAGGUUGUUCCUGACGUGCUCAUCGAUCCGGAUAUUUGGAGCAUGAUCGAGGACGAGGAUGCAUGCUCGUUGACCUGGGAGGGACUUCAGUCGAACAAUUCCUUUGCAGUGGAAGAGGAGUCAAAUAGAGAAGGGAAUGACGGUGAAUGGUUGGAGUACUUGGAGAAGGAGCUUGGCUUAAGGGAAGCUGCGGCCGUGGAGGACCAAGGGAGCCCGCUGAGGGGUGCCGUCGAACAACCGUGUCCGUGGGUUGAGAGGGAGGAUGGUGACACAGUGUCAUGUUAUCUUCAAGAGGGGCCAUCUUGUCCGUCCCGUUCGGAUCGUCUUGAGAUCGUCUUGAUAGAUUGACAUGGGUUGAAAGUUUGGCUCAUUUGCACAA